AUGUGUCGCCAAUACUUCACAUUCUACGACUGGUGCCAGUGCGAAGAGGACGCCGGCCAAAGCGUAUGCUCCGGCCACAGACGCAACAGCUGUCCAGGUGUGAGCAUUGAAACAGUCCAUAUGCACUGUUUCUGCAAUAGCCAUGCUACAAAGGGCUUCAAGUCUGAGAAACAGACACGCAAGGAGGAGAACAAGACACGGCGCCAGUCCCAGGACUCUAUAAAUGAGAAGACUUCUUUUGGACGACGCUGGUUCCAGUGGUAUCAAUGGCGGGGACUGCGAUCUCAUUGA